UAUCUCGACGGAAUCUGAUGGUUCGGAAUGCGAAGUGCAGCGUAAGCCAGGGUGUACAAGGGCGCACGUUAGCGACGCCCACCGGAUUUCAACUGCUGCUUCCAACGAGCGUGCGCGUCCGUCUUAUUUGCAGCCGCUUCUCGCCUUCUUCCUUCCUCCUCCCGCCUCUCUCUGUAACCUACUCGGUCUCUUCUUCUAUUUUUAACGAAUGGAAACCCUUUGAUUGCUUUUUAGACUGUCUUCUUGUCUUCGAUCUAUUCCUUCUCCAAGGCCCUCUUUUUCGUUUCUUCAUUUUUCUGGUUUUCUAGCGAUUUUUUUGAGCAGUUUCUAUUCUAAAAAUUCGGCUUUGUUUAUUUUUUUUUGGGUUUAUUCAAUCCUCAAUUCGUCUCCGUUAUUGAUGUUUUGACUCCGGAUUGAUGGAGUAGAAUUAGUCUGCAGUCUUUCAACCAAGAGAUUAGAAUCAAAGUUCGGGAAGGAUUUCAAAGUGAGAGACUCGUGAGAUUGUUCUUGAAUUAGGGUUUUUUGAAUACUUUAAAGAAAAUGAUUUAUUUGCGGGGUUUUCCUGGUCUUGGUGGUUAGAUUAGGGCAUUCGGGAGUUUAUAGGCUGUCCUGUUAGAGUUAGAUGGAUUCGGGUGGAGUUGAAGUUAAUAACUGCCAUGGGACCAAGCCUUCUGUUUUCGUGGAUUCUAAAAAGGAGGGGGUUGAUAAGGGGGAGGAGGAGGACGGGGAUACCAAUUUCCUUCUGCGACCCUCCUCGAAUGGAGGGUUGGCGGGGAAGAGGCAGAAGAGUUCGAGGAGGAAAGUCCAGUGGAACGAUCGCAACGGCAACAACCUAGUGGAGGUGUUGGAAUUCCAGCCAAGUGAUUCAAGUGACUCCGAGGACGACUCCAGCCAUGGGACCUCGAUUUGGGAGCAUGCAAUUGUUGGUUGCGCUCAAGUUUUCUGUUGCCUGGGUUUCCCAUGGUCUCGCUCAUAAAAAGCGACACAAUGUUGCUUAUCAUGGUGAUUCAUUUUUCAUUUACAGACUGAGAGCAUUAGAGCUUUUAAAUCACAGCAUCAGAUUAGCAAAUGAUCUGAGUUUGAUAUUUGGUUCAAAGAAAAUGCUUGCAUUGCUGGCUUGACUUGGAUGAAAGAUUUAAUGUGCUCCCCUCUGUAUAUGAUUCAAAUACCGAGUAUUGAUGAUUUUUUUAACAAGCUUUUCUCCUUUCAAAAAUACAUCGGAACUAUAUUGAUGGUCCAGGGGGGCUUCACUGGUUUCAUUUUAAGAGUCUGUAAUUAAGCUUACUGAUCAAAAAAGGAACAAAAAUAUCAUCAGUGGCAAUUCUUCUGCACAUAAA